GAUACAUAUAGUAUAGAAAGUAGAAACAUAGUUGAAAACUGGUUCAAAUGAAAUCAAGUGUGUGAGAGAAAUGGUAAUGAUAAGUCGACCUCAGAUUUUCCUGCACUCUUGUUGUCCAUCGCUGAAACCGAAACCCUCAUCACCUCUUCUUUUCUUCCCAAAUUCAUUAUUAUUCGCGAAACAGAGACACACUCGUGCUUUUUGCUCAACCAAUUCCAAGCCUCACGAAUCCAUUUCCAUUGUCAGUGACUUGCUCGAGUAUCUCAACGAGUCUUGGACCCACUUCCAUGCCACAGGUAUUGCUAUUUGUGAAUUCAGUAUUUUCUGGAAUUUUCCCAUUCAAUUUGCGUUUCAUAUCUCAAAACCGUGUGCAGCGGAAGCAAAACGACAAUUGAUUGCUGCGGGUUUUGAUGUGCUUAACGAGAACCAAGAAUGGGACUUAAAGCCCGGUGGACGCUACUUCUUCACCCGUAACAUGUCUUGUUUAGUUGCUUUUUCCGUUGGAGAAAAGUACAACGUUGGUAAUGGUUUUCAUGUGAUAGCGGCGCACACGGACAGCCCGUGUCUGAAAUUGAAGCCGAAAUGGUCAUGUUCAAAGUCUGCUUAUUCAAUGGUGAAUGUGCAGACUUAUGGAGCUGGUUUAUGGCAUACUUGGUUUGAUAGGGAUUUGAGUGUUGCUGGAAGAGUCAUUCUCAGAAGUAACACCACUAAUUCUUAUUUACAUAAGCUGGUCAAAGUCAACAGACCCCUUUUGCGCAUACCUACACUUGCAAUUCAUCUUGACCGCACAGUGAACCAGGAUGGUUUUAAACCAAAUCUAGAGAAUCAUCUUCUUCCUUUAUUCUCAAUGAAAACUGAUGACAUUGCUUUGGAUUCAAAAGAGAAGACUAAUGCUUUGUCGUUCAAAGCUUCUCGUCAUCCGCUGCUUAUGCAGGUAUUGUCUGAUGAGUUGAAUUGUGAUGUUGAUGACAUAGUGAGUAUUGAACUAAAUGUUUGUGAUACUCAACCUAGCUGCCUUGGAGGUGGAAACAACGAAUUUAUAUUUUCUGGAAGAUUAGAUAAUCUCGCUUCAAGUUAUUGUGCAUUAAGGGCGCUGAUUGACUCAUGUAAAUCUCCUGACGACUUAGCAAGCGAACACACAAUUCGGAUGGUUGCUUUAUUUGACAAUGAGGAGGUGGGUUCAGGUUCUGUUCAAGGAGCCGGUGCACCCAUCAUGUUUCAGGCCAUGAGACGUAUAGUUGGUAGCUUAGCAAAUAAGUAUGUUGGUGAAGACUGUUUUGAGCGCACUAUUCGCCAAUCAUUUCUUGUGUCUGCAGAUAUGGCUCAUGGAGUUCAUCCAAAUUUUAUGGAUAAGCACGAAGAACACCAUCGACCAGAGCUGCAGAAAGGACUUGUUAUCAAGCACAAUGCAAACCAGCGCUAUGCUACCAGUGGAAUCACAUCUUUUCUUUUUAAAGAAGUUGGGAAAAUACAUAACCUUCCAACUCAGGAAUUUGUGGUUAGAAAUGACAUGGGAUGCGGUUCAACCAUAGGUCCAAUACUUGCUUCUGGGGUUGGCAUCCGAACUGUUGACUGUGGAAUUGCUCAACUUUCAAUGCACAGUAUAAGAGAAAUAUGUGGGAAGGAAGAUAUCGACAUUGCUUACAAGCAUUUUAAAGCUUUCUAUCAAAGCUUUUCAAGCAUAGACAAGAUGCUGACUGUGGAUAUCUGAGCUGUGCUGUUGAGCCUGUUUGGUACCAUAGUUGCGAUUGCUGGGAUGUGGUGAUAGUGAAAUCAGAAAUUGGAGAUGGGUUUUGAGAUAACUUUGGAUUCUCUGCUUCAAUCCUAGAACAAAGCCUCAUUCUCCCCCUUAAAUUCAAGCGCAUGAGCUUUCUUCCCUAGCUUUUAGUUUGAUUAUGCAAGGGUUUUGUUUUGCAAAUUUGACUGAGAUCAGCUUCUCUCUAUUGGCUCAAAGGGUGCCCGUAAAUACAUUAAAAACAUUAGAAUUUUAUAGCCAUUGUUGCUUA